AUGCUGCCGUACCUGUUCCCCGAUCUGUCCACCUUUACUACAGUCGCCGAUCUUAUCACCCACCUUCGCACUAGUGAUGCUCGCCUGCGUGCCGCCCUUCCCACCGAGUUCUGCGCUAAGAACCCCCCUCCACUGUACUGGACACUCCACUUUAUAGUCACUCGUCUCCCUGACACCCUCCGCUCAGUUCGAGACCACUUCCUUGCUCGCUGUCCCACUGAGCUCACAGUCGCCCUCCUAGAGGAGCACCUGCUCGCGGCCGAAAAGAGCAUUGUAGCUGUCGGUGCUGCUCGUGGCGCUCCUCGCACCCCCAUCUUUGAGGGGUGUUCUCCCUCUCCCCUCGCUCCCUCCUACGCUGCUGCUGCUGCUGUUGACUUCCUUGGUGCUGAGUCUGUUGGCGCUGCUUCUGCUCCUGGUGGGAGGCGCCGCACCGGCAAGGGCAAGGGGGGCAAGGGUGGUGGUGGUGGCGCUGGGGGAGGAGGUGGGGGAGGUGGGGGGGGAGGCGGUGCUGGAGGGAGCGGUGGCGGGAGCGCUGGUGGGAGUGGGGUCGGUGGUGGAGACGGGGGCGGCGGAGGAAGCAGUGGCAGUAGUGGCGGCGGCGGCGGUGGCGGCGGUGGCGGUGGUGGCGGUGGUGGCGGUGCCGGUCGGAGCGGUGGUAGUGGUGGCGGUGGAGGUCGGAGUGGAGGCACUGGCUCGGGCCAGAGCUCCCAGCAGCAGCAGCGUCCCCAGACGACCCAGCAGCUUCGUGAGUGGCUUGCUCAGCGUGGGACGUCGGGGGCCAGUGCCCGCUGUUCUUAUGUCAUUCGCACAGGUGACCGCAAGGGACAGACGUGUGGGAGGUUCCACACCCCGUACCGCUGCUUCUCCCGCCUUGACGACGCUUGGCGUGAGGAGAUGGGUGCGGAUGUUGAGCGCCCCCGCUGGGCUGAGCUCAUGAGGGCUGGUGUUGAUGUCUUUGCUCUUGACUAUGAUGCUAUUAUUGCUGCCAUUGCUGUCCCGGCUGGUUUCGAGUCUGCUCUCUCAGGUACAGCACCCACACAGACUCCUCUCUCAGGUACCGCACCGGCUGAGGCCUGUCACACCUUCACCCUUGACUCAGUCCUUGCCCAGUCCACCACUGUCCUCCCUUGUCCGGCGGUUCCGUCUGGCUCGUUGUCGGGUUUCCACCUCCCCUCGUUCUCGACGAACCUGGUGAGCAACGCUGUCCUCCAGGAUCAGUGGGUUGACACCUUUACCCCUGGCGGACAGCGUGUGGCGAUCUGCACGUGCUCCAGGACUGGCCGUCACCUGGCUACGUUCACCCGUCGGCCGGGGUCGAGUCUCUACACACUGACCACUGCGUCUCCCCAGGUAGCUGCUGUCGGUCAGGUGUCUGCGUCAGGUCUGGUGGCCCACGCCUGUGAGUGUCGUUCCCUGUCGCACCAGACUCUUCUCUGGCACCACCGCCUGGGUCACCCCUCCUUGCCACGCCUUCGUGGCAUGCACCGUCGCCUCCUUGUGUCCGGUCUUCCCAGGUCCCUCCCUCCCCUCCCUGCCUCGCCUGCGCCGCCUUGCCUUCCUUGCGUCGAGGGGCGGCAGCGCGCCGCUCCUCACUCCUCCUCGUUCCCCCCGACAGAGGCUCCUCUGGAGACCCUCCACCUGGACGUGUGGGGCCCAGCCCGCGUUCGUGGUCAGGGCGGUGAGCGGUACUUUCUGCUGGUUGUUGACGACUACUCGCGUUACACCACGGUCUUCCCCUUGCGCACCAAGGGUGAGGUCCCUGCUGUUCUGAUCCCUUGGAUCCGCACGGUUCGUCUCCAGCUCCGCCGCCGUUUCCGGACGGAUCUUCCUGUCCUGCGUCUGCACUCUGACAGAGGUGGUGAGUUUUCCUCCGAUCUUCUGAGGACCUUCUGUCAGGCAGAGGGCAUCGAGCAGACCUUCACGCUUCCGGACUCCCCACAGCAGAAUGGGGUUGCUGAGCGCCGCAUUGGCCUGGUCAUGGAGAUCGCUCGUACCUCCUUGGUCCACGCGGCGGCUCCCCAUUUUCUGUGGCCGUUUGCUGUCCGGUACGCCGCGCAUCAGCUCAACCUCUGGCCCCGUGUCUCCUUGCCGGAGACCUCGCCCACACUGCGUUGGACGGGGGAGGUUGGCGAUGCGUCGCGCUUCCGGGUGUGGGGUGCUCGUGCCCUUGUCCGCGAUACGUCCGCGGACAAGCUCUCCUCCCGCACGCUUCCCUGUGUCUUCCUUGGCUUUGUCCCUGACGCGCCUGGCUGGCAGUUUUACCACCCCACCUCGCGCCGGGUCUUCGCCUCUCAGGAUGUCACCUUUGACGAGUCGGUCCCUUUUUACCGUCUCUUCCCCUACCGCACUGCCCCCCUCCCUCCCCCGCCGCUUUUCCUUGCUCCUGGUCCCCCUCCGGUAGACCCCCUUCCCCCUCAGGGUCCUGCUCCUUCAGGUGUCUCUCAAGUAGACCCUCCUCCCGUCGCUGAGCCUGUCGAGGUCACAGGUGACUCAGGUGCUGCUGCGGGUGGUGCUGCUGGGAGUGCUGAGCCUGGGGGUGCUGAGCCUGGGGGUGCUGGGCCUGGGGGUGCUGGGGCUGCAGGUGCUGGGACUGAGGGUGCUGGAGCUGAGGGUACUGUGCCUGAGAGUACGGAGCCUGGGGGUGCUGCGCCUGGGGGUGCUGAGCCUGCGGGUGCGGGGCCUGGGAGUGCUGGGACUGAGGGUGCUGGAGCUGAGGGUACUGUGCCUGAGAGUUUGCCGCCUGGGGGUGCUGAGCCUGGGGGUGCUGCGACUGGGGGUGCUGAGCCUGCGGGUACUGAGCCUGCGGGUACUGAGCCUGGGGGUGCUGCUACUGAGCCUACGGAGCCUCGGGUUACUGCGUCUGGGGGUGCUCCGGUUCGGGGUGCUGAGCAGUCUCUCACACCGCAGCAGCUUCGUGACUGGUACGUCCGACGCUUUCGCCGUCCUAGUGGCUCGGCUGGAGUUGGGGGUACUGGAGCUGCUCGUUCUGGGAGCACUGCGACUGGAGCUGCUGGAGCUGGGGACUCUGGCGCUGGCGGUGCUAGCGGAGUUGGAGCUGCCGACUCUGGGGGUGGCGCUGCUGCUGGUGCUGCGGACCCACCUGGUGGAGCUGCUGCUGGAGCUGGGGACCCGGCCGGUGGAGCUGCUGCUGGUGCUGUGGACCCGGACGCUGGAGCUCCUACUGGUGCUGAGGACCCGGCCGCUGGAGUCCCUUCUGCUUCUGGAGACGCUGCGCGGCCGCGACCAGCGUCGUGA